AUGGUUGAGAUUGCGCUUGUGGCAGCGAGAAAGGAUAGCGCGGAAAUGAUGGACCUGGCGGUCAACAAACUGAGCCUUGGAGGAGUGGAGAUGUUCUCCCGCUGGGUAUUGCCAGCAGCCGUUAAUCAUGAAUGUGUUCUGCACUACCUGCUUUCGGUUGGCAUCAGACCCACGCCUGCUUCUUCGGGAGCAAUCCUCAACCGAGCCGCGGCACUCGCUACACCAGCAACAUUCAAACUCUUACUAGAGUCAGGUGCCUGUCUGGAUGCACCUGGCGUGUAUCCUCUACAUGCUGCUGCUGGAUCACACGUAUCAGAGCGCAUGAAGAUGAUGAGAUUUCUGGUCCAUGGCUUGAACAUCGAAAUCAAUGCGAUGGACGAGGCUACAUUAGACAAGCUCAUCCGCACUGACGUGUGCGGGAUGCCGUUGCACUACGCCGUAGCUAAUGGCUUUUGGAAGCGGACAAAGUGGCUGUUGGCCCAUGGAGCGUAUCCAAAUGCGAAAAAUCAGUUCGGUCGGACGCCAUUUGAAGAGUGUUUGGUGCAAUUUGGUGUUGAAUCGGAUAUGAGCACGAGCGAAUUAGGCAAGGUUCGAUAUACAUCCGGCGCGGCUCAGCAGAGUGAGAUCUGGUGGGUCUACAUCAACCGCUCCGCAUGUCCUCAGCGCCGCAAACAACAGCUCGUCAAGUUCGUCACCACCGACGAAUUAGCUCAAUAUGAAGAGCGCAAUGACCUCGCCAAGUGUCCGAUGGGCUUUAUGGACCAUUUUCUGAUUGUGCAUACGAUCACUCAAGCGGGAGACAAUUAG